AUCCGCUGUGGUUAGAGCCGUGCGGAUGUAUCCAAUCCUUCUCUUCUCUGCGUAUUUCCGCACCUCAGCCCACUCCAAUUUCCUCUUUCUUUUCCUUGAUAAAAAAGAUAUACUUCUUCUUCCUGUUCCAAAAAAUCGCUGAAGAAAUUGAAGAUUCAAGAAGUUUUCCUGUUUUGUCAGAAUGAAGGGAGCUGUAAUAUCUGAGGCUGAUUUGCUCACCAAUCUGCCCAACAACAUCAUAGAGAACAUUCUUGGAUGCUUGCCUCUGCGAGACGUCGUGAGGACGAGCAUUUUGUCUAGAGAAUGGAGAUACAAAUGGCUUUCAUGCCCUGAGAUCGUGUUCGAUUUCUGGUUUGAUCAAAUGUUUCUUGGUGAUCACAAACUGGAGCCGCUUAUUUACCAAAUCCUGAAACUUCACAAGGGGCCCUUGCUGAAAUUCGCCCUUCAAGUCCCUGAUCUGAAGAGCAGCCCCGAUAUCGAUCAAUGGGUUCGAAUGUUGCCAAACAACACCCUGCAGGAUUUUACUCUCCAUGUAUCCAGGGGAGAGACGCAUAAGUUGAAUUCUCAUUUGUUUGCUUUCCAGAACCUGAGAAAUUUGAAGCUUUAUAACUGUGUAUUUGAUCCCGCUCUGGGGUUCAAGGGAUUCAGCAAACUCGUGAACCUCGAGCUUCAGAGUGUUGCCGUGGUGCCUGAAACGUUUGGGAAGUUCAUUGCUUCAUGCCCGGCGGUUGAGAGACUCCGGCUGAUUCACUGCACCAACUUCGAUUUUCUUGAAAUCACUGGCCCAAGAUUGAAGUGUUUCGAGUUUCAUGGGGUGUUCAAGUCUGUUUCUUUCAAGAAUUGCCCUGUUUUAUCAGAUGUUAAGUUGACAUUCUCGUCUAUGGAUUUUAAACGGGGGAACCGAUUCUCCUUGGAUUUGGUUAAAUCCCUGAGUUGUCUGCCUGCCCUCGAGGACCUGCAAUUGCAAGCUUAUGCAUUGGAGGACCUUGUUGAGCAUGGUGCGCCCAACAAACUGCCCGUCUCUCUGAGUAUGCUGAAAAACCUUCACCUUUCGGACAUGUACUUCGAAAAGAUUGAGGAGAUCUCGUGUGCCAUUUGCUUCAUCAGAAGCUGCCCCAAUUUACAGCGGCUUAAAAUCACAGCUUUCACCUUCGAUGUGGUGGACUCAGUCGCAGACUUCCUCCGAUCUCAAACUAGCUCAGAGUCUUUAUCUCAGCUGAAAACUGUCAAGAUGCAGUUGUUCUCCGGAAUUGAGGCUGAAAUGGAGUUUGUGAAGUAUCUAUUAGCAUCCGCAACUGCACUCGAGGAAAUGACGAUCACGCCUCAUGGCGGCAGCAUUACCGAUGGAGGCGAGUCGAUUUUGAACGAGAUUAAACAGUAUCCACGAGCAUCGCCAAGUGCGACAAUCCUUAGUUCAGAGAAGAGCAAUGGGAAGAAACACGUUUAGGUGUAUUGUUUCAGCUGAAUGAGUUAUUUUGCAACUCAGAGUCAUGCUUUUCUGUGGCUCUUUUAGUGCUAGUUUCUGUAUAUUCUAUAGCCCCUGUACUGGGGUUUGUGAUCUGUAAUAUGUUGACAGCCUCUCUGCUCAUUUCAGUUCCUGCCCUUACCGUUCUACUAAGUUCUAUGCUCA